GUCGCCAGAUGCCCGAGCCGUCCUGCCCUCCGUGCCACGCGCGUCCGGCCCGUCGCCUUGUAGGAUGAGCGCGGAUCUGGAGUGCGUUUCGCUCAACACGUCGGUCAACCCGGGCGGCCUGAACGGCGGCGGCCGUGCGCUCUCCGCCAAUGUCCGGAGGCUGCACAACGCGCUCAAUCUGCUGCUCAGCGAGCUGGAGCGCGAGCAGUUCAUCCACUGCCUCAACGUGUACCACGCCAAGCGCAACGUCUUCGACCUGGUGCAAACUCUGAAAGUGAUCCUGGACACGGGCGCCAAGCGGCAGCUGCUGCCCAUGUUGCGCUUGGUCAUCCCGCGCUCCGACCAGCUGCUCUUCGACCAGUACACGUCCGAGGGGCUCUACCUCAACACCGACCUGCUGCCCAGCAACGGAGGCGCGGAGGGACGCGUGGACGAGGGCGACGCGGCUCUGCAGAAGUACGUCAGCUCCGUCAGCUCCAUCCACGACGCGCCGCCGGGAUGUCCGGACGGCUUCAGCGCUGCGGCGGAGCUGGCAGCAGCAGCAGCUGCAGCCUCCUCCAUGGUGCAGCCGCACUUCUGCGAGAGCUUCUUCGGGGACGUGCGCCAGGUGACCCUGACGCGCUCCCGGAGCCACGAGGGUCUGGGCUUCAGCAUCCGCGGAGGAUCAGAGCACGGCGUGGGCAUCUACGUGUCCCUGGUGGAGCCGGGAUCCUCGGCCGAGCGGGAGGGGCUCCGGGUCGGGGACCAGAUCAUGAGCGCCAACGACCUGCUGUUCGACUGCGUCACGCACAUAGACGCAGUGAAGGUACUGAAGGGAUGUAAGAAGCUCACCAUGUCGGUGUGCUCCAUGGGACGGAUCCCCGGGGGAUACAUCACCAACCACGUGUACAGCUGGGUGGACCCCCAGGGCCGCAGCGUCUCCCCGCCGCCCGACAACCACGAGGUCAACCAGAGGCCGGGGCCCGGCGCGGACGAGAGGACGGUGAGCCUGAACAUGGACGACGGGCGCUCGCUGGGUCUAAUGAUCAGAGGUGGAGCUGAGUACGGUCUGGGGAUCUACAUCACCGGGGUGGAUCCUGGAUCUGCUGCCGAUGCCGGUGCACUGAAGGUGGGAGACCAGAUCCUGGAGGUGAACGGUCAGAGCUUCAUCACCAUCUCCCACGACGAGGCUGUCCACAUCCUCAAGACGGGCCGCCACCUGCUGGUUAAAGUGAGGGACGUGGGCCGCCUCCCCCACGCUCGCACCGUGGUGGACGAGACCAAGUGGGUUAGCGGUCCGCUGAUCGCCGACACCAACGCUACGACCAAUCCCAACACUGCUGUGGCUGCUGCCCUGAACCACCCCAACACCAAUGGUUUUUCCAGCAGACCAUCUUCCGCCAGAGCGACGCCGGUCCUAGGAAAGCCGGCAGGAUACAGAGGUGUGGGUCCACCUGGGGCUCAGGUGUCUCUGGAGCAGCAGGCCUACAUGCUGCUGACUGAGGCCGAGAGGCAGACCAUGGCCUACUACCUGCAGGAGUACCAGGACGGACACAUUGGAGUGGAGCCGCUGACCAUGGCGCUGUUUGAGCUCUUCAACACUCACGCCAAGCUCUCUAUGCUGGCUGAGGUCAGGGCUCUGGUGGCUCCUCAGGAUCUGGAGUUUUAUGACAGGCUGGUUUUGCGCCGUGAACGGGAAGCCCCUCAGCCCUGGCACGGCGGUGUCGGGGUUCUGCAUCCAGCAGGACACUGCAACCACGUUCCCCAGGUGGGCCAUGAUGGAGGACACUCGGCAGUCCAUGAUGGAGGACACACUGUCCCUGCUACGGCUGACGGCUGUGUCGGCGGCUGGACGGAAAAAGACCAGGAGGAGAACACUAAUGCCUUACAAAACAUUGCACUGGAAGAUCUGCAGGCUUCAGGUGAGUCUCCUCCUCCAUUCAGAGCGUCCCUCCUGCAGGCGUCCAGCCGGCCGUCCAGAGAGACAGAGCUGAGCAGGAAGCCCUCCGCCCGACUGGUGCAGCCCGCCUCCAGCCUGCUCUUCAGCGGACCCUCCCGUCUGCUGCAGGACUGCCUCCACAAGUCACUCAAAUCCCCCCAGGCCGUCAUCCACCACCCCUGCCCGGGCACCGCCCACCACACCUCCCUCGGCGCCCUCCAUCACACCUGCCAGAGCUCGGACUCGGACCACCACAACCACCCUCACUUCGCCCAUCCCGUCCACCAGCACCACCUCUCCCGGCCUGGCUCGGGUCACCACACCUGCCCCGGCUUCCUGCACCACCGGGACACCCCCAAGCCGGACGUCAAACUCUCGUCCAGGUCCAGCUCCUACGAGAAGUCCGUCCUGUCCAGGUCGGCAUCCUCCUCCAAGGCGGCGUCCCCCAUGGCGUCCCCUCAUCCCUCACCCCACCCCUCGCCGUGUGCCUCCCCCUGUCCCUCCCUCAUCACGUCGGUGGCUCCGCCCUGCAGUCCGGACCGGCCCUGCUCGCCCGCCUUCACCCAGAAAGUCCUGGUCACAGACAUGAACCGGCUGUCUGCUGAGUCCAGGCCACAGCAGAGAGGGGCCACGUUGUCUCAGCUGUCCGACAGCGGGCAGACCCUGAGCGAGGACAGCGGGGUGGACAUCGCCGAGGCAGGGGGCCUCAGUAAGGACGGCAGCCCUCGACCCAGCAAGAACCAGCAGGGCCAUGUGGAGCAGUCGGGGGCCUACGGGCCCUCUUCAGGGCCCGCCAGACAGGUACCAGCUUCACUCUGUCAUGAAAAACGGCCAAAUGUGGCGACGGCGCCGGCCUGCCCUCAGACCGGCUCGCCCGUCCCGACGCCCACCGCCACGCUGGUACGGGUCCUGAAAAACUCCAGCACCCUGGGGAUCGCAAUAGAAGGAGGGGCCAACACCCGGCAGCCUCUGCCUCGCAUCGUCACCAUUCAGAAAGGAGGCUCGGCUCAUAACAGCGGCCAGCUGAAGGUGGGUCACGUCAUCCUGGAGGUCAACGGCGUCUCUCUGAGAGGACGGGAGCACAAAGAUGCCGCCCGGAUCAUCGCCGAGGCCUUCAAGACCAAAGAGAAAGACCACAUCGACUUCCUGGUGGUGGAGCCGGGGCUGUAGAGGGAGGACUGUGCACUUUAGGCAGCUCGGCUCCAGGAGACA